AUGCGAACAACAUAUCUGCAGAUAUCUGCACAUUUACUCACUUCCUUUUUCCUCCUCUUUUGGAAAGUAGAAAAAUCACAGAUAAGUGUAAAGUUGAUAUAUGUGCUCACAACUGCUUUCAUAAGUGCCGCUAAACUGAAUAUACCUAAAGUUUUAUUGCCUGUAGCAAGGAGUACCAGGAUUAAUUUUACACUGGAGGCAACUGAAGGGUGUUAUCGAUGGUCAUCUAACCGUCCUGAGGUUGCCAGCAUAGAGGCUGUAGACAUGGAUGAACGUCAGUGUUCCCAGAGGGCUGUGCUGCAUGCACGGUCUGUCCAGCCGUCCAGACUCACCAGUAUUAUACUGGCUCAGGAUAUUGUGACUGGUCAGGUGUUGCGAUGUGAUGCCAUUGUUGACAUGAUUAACGAGAUUCAGAUCGUCUCUACAACACGAGAACUUCAUUUGGAGGACUCCCCUCUGGAGCUGAUGAUCCACGCCCUGGACUCUGAGGGAAACACGUUCAGUACUCUCGCCGGUCUAGUGUUUGACUGGACAAUAGUGAAAGAUACAGAAAUGGCCAGUUUUUCAGAGUCUUACAGUUCACUAAGGGUGCUUAAAUUUUCUGAGUCAACAUACACUCCUCCUGCUCAUAUCUCUGAGAUGGAGAGAGUAGGAAAACAAGGGGAUAUCAUCUUGGUGUCCGGAAUCAAAACUGGUCAUGCAAAACUGAAAGCCAAAAUACAGGAAUCUCUCUACAAGGAUGUCGAAGCAGCAGAAGUGAGACUGUUGAUUCUUGAGAAUAUUCUCCUUAGCCCUGCAUAUGAUAUUUACCUCCUUGCUGGUACAACAAUCAAAUACAAAGUCCAGAAGAUUCGCCAAGGAAAAAUUACAGAGUUGUCCAUGCCGUGUGACCAAUACGAGCUGCACCUGAAGAACAGCGUUUUGGCUCCUGGUGGAGACCCUAACUUGCCUGUGGCUAACUUAAACCAGGAUACUUCAACAGUGUUGGCCCUUCAACACGGCCACACUAACAUAGUGCUGGAGCACAAAAGUCUCGACAUGCAGGGGGCCUCUCGCCUCCCCAACGGCACUCUGCAUGUGGUGGAGCCUGGAUACCUGGGAUUUAAGAUUCUGCCUGGAAACCGCUGGGUGAUUGAGACAGGAAGAACAUAUGAGAUCUUCAUUGAAGUCUUCGAUAAGACCAGUAACAGGAUUUAUCUGUCCGACAACAUACGGAUAGACGUCACCUUUCCUAAGGAGUACUUUGAGGUUCUGGAAUCUUCUUUGAAUGGGUCAUACCAUCGUGUCAAAACUUUGAAAAAUGGUCAGACUGUCGUUCAUGGUGCACUUCAGUCUGUGGUUGACCCGGAGGGAACAGUCCAUACUCUUCGUGUCCCAGUGCGGAACGAACAGGAUGUUGAAAUUUAUAACCCCAUUGUCCUCACUCCCUCCAACCUGACAUUUCCAUGGCAACCAAGAGAGGGAGCAUACCAGUACACCAUAAAUGCAACUGGAGGUAGUGGAAACUUCACAUGGACUUCGUCAAAUACAGCCGUUGCCACGGUGACAGUGAAAGGACGGAUGACCACAGUCAGAGACAUUGGCUUCAGUGUGAUCUAUGCACAUGACCUUAGGAACCCGCUACACUAUGGAGAGAUGAAGGUACAUGUAAUAGAGCCUGUAGGAAUGGACUUCAUCCCCUGUGUGGUGGAGGCCAGGGUGGACCUGGUGCUGGAGCUACCACUGAGGAUUUUUGGACUGCUGGAUGGAGAAGAUGGAGAGAGAGUGGUGCUCAGUGACUGCUCAAAUUUCCAGCUGCAGGUGGAGAUUGAGACCCAGGGUAUCUUUGAGCUGCUGGAGGGGAGACUGCCCCCCGGUCAGGACCACUGCAGUGGGGUCAGAGUUAAGGCUGUGAGCCCAGGGUACACAAACCUGUUGGUCAGUUACACUCAUGGCAACGUUCAUCUGAAUGCUAAAAUCACCAUCGCUGCAUACCCACCUCUCAAAGCAGUGGACCCCCUAUCUGUUGCUGUGGUAACUUUGGGCUCCUCUAAGGACAUGCUGUUUGAGGGAGGUCCAAAGCCAUGGGUUCUAGAACCUUCCAAGUUCUUCAGGAACCUCACAGCUGAGGACCCAGGGAGCGUUACCAUGGAGUUGUAUGGCCCUGCUUCCCGCAGCUACUUCAAACACCUCAUCAGAACCACCUGUCGUGCCCUGGGGGAACAGGUGUUGGCGGUGACGGUGGGUAACCUGCCCACAGUGACAAACCCGUUCCCUGCAGUUGAGCCAGCAGUGGUGAAGUUUAUCUGUGCUCCUCCAUCACGUUUGACUCUUAUGCCAGUCUACACCAACCCUCAGCUUGACCUGUCCUGUCCGCUGCUACAGCAGAACAAACAAGUGGUUCCAGUUUCUAAUUAUCGUAAUCCAGACCUGGAUCUGGCAGCAUUCGAUCAGCAAGGCAGGAAAUUUGACAACUUCAGUUCCCUGAGCAUAGUCUGGGAGUCAUCCAAAGUGUCUUUGGCCAGCAUUGAACCUGCCAUGCCUAUGGAACUCUUCUCACAAGAGGACAACAACAAACAGAAAAAGCUUCAUGGUCGACAGGCAGUACUUGUCCAUCUUCAGUCGGGCCUUGCUAGUAUAACAGUGACAGCUGUGGGUUACCAGGCAUCUCACCUAGAGGCAGCAAAAGUGUCCAAACAGUUUGAACCUUUGACCCCUGUGUCAGCCACACUGGACCUGCUGCUGGUGGAAGAUGUGCGAGUGAGUCCAGAGUCUGUCACCAUUUAUAACCAUCCAGAUGUACGGGCGGCUCUCACUUUCAAAGACGGCUCUGGGUAUUUUUUUGUCAACACUAGUGUUGGAGGAAUUGUGGAUGUUGUGUUACAAGACUCUCAAGGAACUGCUGAGGUGCUACCCCGAAAGCCAGGCGCUCUGGUAGUCAUGGUUCAUGACCUCUGCUUAACCUUCCCAGCCCCUGCCACAGCUGCAGUCCUUGUCUCAGACAUUCUGGAGGUUUCUGUGCGAGUCGUUGACAAGGUUGAGAUAGGAAAGACGGUGAAAGCAUACGUUCGUGUUCUGGAUGACAACAAGAAGCCCUUCCUCGCCAAAUAUUUCCCGUACAUGAACCUAAAACUCACCCCAGCUUCCUCAAUCAUUUCUCUACAAUCUGUGUCUGAGCCCACGGAUGUAGACACGGCUACAUUCCUGGUCAAAGGCCUGGUGAUUGGUCAAACUAGUGUCUCCGCCGUUGUGACAGACAAAAAUGGGAGAAAGAUUUCCUCUGCACCACAGCAAAUCGAAGUGUUUCCACCUUUCAGACUGAUCCCCAGGAAAGUAACUCUCAUUAUUGGAGCCAUGAUGCAGAUCACAUCUGAGGGAGGACCCCAGCCCCAGUCCAACAUCCUCUUCUCUCUGACCAAUAGUGAGAUAGCUUCAGUCAACAGCAUGGGUCAUGUCAGGGGCAUGGCUGUGGGAAAUGUGACCGUAACUGGACUGGUGCAGGCUGUAGAUGCUGAAACUGGGAAACUUGUUGUGGUUUCGCAGGAUCAAGUCGAUGUGGAAGUUGUGCAGUUGAAGGCUGUCCGAAUUCGAGCUCCCAUCACAAGAAUGAAGACUGGUACACUGAUGCCUGUGCAUGUAAUGGGACUGACCAGCAGUGAGACUCCUUUUUCAUUUGGUAAUGCCCAACCUGGACUUACUUUCCAUUGGUCCGUAACCAAGAGAGACAUCUUGGAUGUCCAAUCACGACACUCUGAGGCCUCUGUGCAGCUGUCAGCUGAACAUAACUUUGCCAUGAGUGUGUUUGGGAGAACCAAGGGUCGCACAGGACUGAAAGUAGUGGUCAAAGCCAUCGACCCUCAUGCUGGACACCUGCAGGGCAACAGCCUGACACUCUCUGAUGAGAUCCAGAUCCAGGUGUAUGAGAAGCUCCAACUACUCAAACCGGAAGUUCAAGCAGAAGAGAUUUUGAUGUCUCCAAAUUCUGUACUGAAACUGCAGACAAACAGGGAUGGUGUUGGCUCUCUGUCAUACCAUGUUCUGGAUUGCCCAGAUAAGCCUUCCCUCAUCCAGGUGGACAGUAAGGGCCACUUAUCAUCUGGCUCCCUCACAGGCCACGCCUCCCUCCGAAUCACCUCACAGGAAGGCUUUGGUGUCAAUCAAACCAUAACUGUGGCUGUUAAGGUGGUGACUGUGUCUUACCUUCAUCUCAGUACGAGCCCUGUUCUGCACACUGAUAGCAGAGAGCCUCUGAAUGCCAUCCCACUGGGAACUGUUCUCACCUUCACUGUCCAUCUCCACGACAGCACUGGAGAAGUCCUCCACAGCCACAACUCACAUAUCACCUUCUCCACUAACAGAGAUGACCUGGUUCAGGUGGGGAAAGACUCCAGUAACAGUUCUCUGACAGUGAGGACGGUGAAUGUGGGCUUGACUCUGCUGGCUGUGUGGGACUCGGAACAGGCCGGCCUGGUCGAUUACCUCGCUCUUCCUGUCCAACAUGCCAUUUACCCAGAGGAGGCUCGCAGCCUAGUAGUUGGUGAUGUUGUCUGCUUUGCCACACAGCUCAUCAGUCAGGAAGGCCUUAGUGGCACAUGGAGCUCCUCAGCCAAUGGUGUUCUAGAGGUUGACCCAAAGACAGGUGUGGGAGUGGCCAGAGACAUGGGUACUGUCACUGUGUACUAUGAGAUACCUGGACAGCUGCGCACGUACAGAGAGGUUGUUGUGGACAGUGCUACCAGGACAGCAGUCAUGGUUCCCUCUGCUGCGGUAAAGAAUGAGAGAGAGACUAGAGUACUGGUGACUACCAGAGACAGAGGCACCAAUCUCAUAGGAACAUGUUCACCUGCGCAGACAGAAAGCAUCGCUCAGCUGCACCCGCAGACCAGUAUCAGCUGCCACCUCCAGUUCACCAGCGAUUCCAUCGAAUUCCCCGCUCAUGAUGUCUACCAAACGCACACUGCCUUUGACACAAUCACAGGCUUCUACACUUGCUCUCUGGUUCUCCAGCCAGUGACAAGCCAGCAGAUUAAAGCCCUGAGUAUGUCCAUGACUAACCUACUGGUGAAGGCGGCAGUAGAGGGCAGUCAUUUCUCAGGGCAGCAGAUCACUGCCCAGUUACCUGUGAACCCUGGUUUCUACGCCGAUCAGAGUGACAUCAUCCUUAGCAACCAGCGUACUUCCACUGAUCUCACAGUGUAUGGAGCAUCAGCAGCACUCCAACAGCUUGAAGUGACGUCAAGCUCUCCCAGUGUCGUCGUCCAAGAGAAGGAGGUCUCCCAAAGUUAUCCAAGUUUCAUCAGAUACACAGUUACAGUGAUUAACCCACAGGGGGCAACGUCAGCCUCCAUCUCCAUAAAGAGCUCAUCCACAGAGCAGCUCCUCCGCAUUCCCGUCACAUUCAUACAGGUCGCGGACAGCAGAGAUCCUUUGCACGCAAGCACAUCUACUGGGACUGAAGGAAGCAACAUUGUGCAACAGUUCAUUGACUCCUACCAGGUGAUGUUCUUCACUCUCUUUGCUCUCCUGGCAGGCACUGCUGUUAUUGUCAUUGUCUGCCACAGCCUUUUCACUCCACGAGAUCAGGCUACUCAUCCCGCCUUUAUUCCGCUGACUCCACCCCCUUCAAAUGGUUUUCCUUCUCCAGCUUCCGGUCCCCGAUGGAACUCUGGGGCCUCUAAUGUAACAGGCAGUCCAAAACGACCUUUGUUCUCAUCUCCUACGUACAGCAAGUGA